CGGAGAAGAGUGACAUAACUGCAAUUUCUGAUUCAUAAUUAAAGAACAGAGUCUCAUUAAUUGCUUCCACUCAACUUUUUUCUGAACUUUUUGCUAGUCAUAAUAAUUUUGGCAGCCAUUAAUAAUCUCAACAAACUCUUCAUCCCACCCAAUUUAUCACUCAUAUAAACUAAAAUCACCAAAUUCACUCAAAAUCCCAGCUCAACAAUGGCUUAUUACACUUUGAUGAGUAUAAUUCUAAGUCCUUUUUUGUUACUAGUGACUAAAACAUUGGCUGGAAAAGUUCCAGCAAUUAUAGUGUUCGGCGAUUCGUCGGUCGAUUCAGGGAAUAACAACCAGAUCUCCACCGUUCUAAAGAGCAAUUUCGAACCGUACGGCCGCGAUUUCUACGAUAAAAAGGCAACUGGUAGGUUCUGCAAUGGGCGAAUUCCACCGGAUUUUAUAUCGGAAGGUUUUGGGCUGAGGCCAUUUGUUCCAGCUUAUUUAGAUCCGGCGUUUAGUAUAUCUGAUUUUGCACAAGGUGUUUGUUUUGCUUCUGCUGGUACUGGUUAUGAUAAUGCCACUUCUCAUGUGCUCAAUGUGAUACCAUUAUGGAAGGAAGUGGAGUACUACAAAGAAUAUCAAAAGAAACUAAAAGCAUACGCAGGUAAAAAGAAAGCGAAAUACAUAAUAAAAGAGUCACUCUAUUUAAUCAGCAUUGGAACAAAUGACUUCUUGGAAAAUUACUACUCAAUGCAAAGCCAACGUUCUUCUCAAUACACAGAAGAUCAAUUUCAAGAUUUUCUUCUUCAACUUGCUCGGAACUUCGUGCACCAAAUUUAUCGCAUGGGUGCUAGAAAAAUUUCGUUAACUGGAGUUCCUCCAAUGGGUUGUUUGCCAUUGGAAAGAGCAACAAAUUAUGUAGGUGGAAAUGGAGAUGGAUGCAAUGAGAAAUAUAAUAAUGUUGCUAAGCAUUUCAAUUUCAUGUUGAGUGGUUUGGUUGAGAGGUUAAAUGAAGAGCUUCCUGGGAUUAGAGUGGUCUUUGCUGAUGCUUAUAAUCUCUUGCUACAAAUGAUUACAAAACCUUCUUCAUUUGGGUUUGAAGUGGCAAGUGUAGCAUGUUGUGGCACAGGAUUAUUUGAGAUGGGUUUGUUGUGCGAUAAAUUAAGUCCAUUGACAUGCACAGAUGCAAACAAGUUUGUAUUUUGGGACGCAUUUCAUGUAACAGACAAAACAAAUCACAUUAUUUCUGAUUUCUUGAUGGAACAUGUCCUUCACCAAUUUUUAUAGCAAUCUUGGAUCAUCUAAUAUGGAUUUUGUAGGAGGAGGCAUAGAUUGACUUGCUUUUAUUGCUAUUUUACUUUUGUUUAGUGUUUGAUUUUUGGAUAUUGUGGUGGGAAGAAUACGAAAAAGAAUAUUUGUUGUACGUACAUUUUUUUGAUUCUCAAGGAUAUUGUAUUAUUUCAACUACGAUAUCAAAUGAUAUAUGUAUCGUCAAAAUA